AUGUCAAAUAGUACAUCAAGCAAUGGUUUAAUUAGAAUUGGCUCUGUUCCAGGCGGCGCUUCAACCGAACAAUUAGAUCAAAUUGCUCAAAAUAAACAAAAAAUUCCAUCAUUAUUUAGAUUAUUAGCAGAGCAUAAGUUAUCAGAAAAGGAAAUUUGGGAAGGUGAUCAUAUGUUAUUUUCAAUUUUAUAUCAAUUCAAAGAACAUUUAAAUAAAACUGAAUCACCACCAAAUAUUAUUACAUUCCAUUUACCUUCAUUACCAGAAUUUGGAGAUAUUAAAAAGAAGUCAUAUAAAAUUAAUAAGAAGUUUACAAUUUCACAAGCUAUCAGUUUAAUUUGCAAGAAGCAAAUGAUUCCUGAUCCAAAAAGAUUUUGGAUUGGAUCAUUACAAGGUUUUAUAAUGAGUGACAAUGAAACUUUGGCUUCAUAUGGUUUAAGUAGUCUUUUUGAAUCAUGGGAACUUAGAUUGAUUCUCAAAGAAGAUAUUUUAUCAAAAUCACCAUAUAGAUAUCAACCAUUAGAAUCAAUUGGCACAGAAUUUAUUGUUGUUUUUGAAUUACCACCAUUGGAACAAUUCAAUGGAUUAAAGAAACAUGUUGUAAAAGUAGAUUCAAAUACUACAAUUAAACAAUCAAUAACAAGUAUUUGUAAGAAAUAUAGAGUCGAAAACCCAGAUAGAUUUUCAGCAAUGACCAUUGAUGAAAAUCCAUUAGUUGAAUUUGUACUUUUUGGAGGUGCAUGCUAUAAACACUACGGUUUAGGAUUUAAAUUUAAGAAAUGGGACCUCAAGAUUGUAUUCAAUGAUUUAAUUCCACCAUACGUUCACAGACAUACUGUUAUCCCAAUGCAUGGUUGGACUCAAGUAUCACCAGGUCAACUCGAUCCAUUUACAGCUCGUACUAUUAUCAAUGAUCUCGAAGGUAAAUGUCAAGAAUAUCAAGCUCAUAUUACUAAAUUAAAUCAAGAUAUCGAAGGUGGUAAUCAAGUUUCUGCUGCUCAUGUACAAGAGAUUGAACGUCUUCGUGAAGAAAUUAAACGUCUUAAUCAAAUUAUUGAAGAAGAACGUGAAGCUACACAACAACAAAAUGAAAUUUAUGAAGGUCGUAUCUCUGCUGGAAAUGCUGAAAUUGAAAAUCAAGUAGGUCAAUUAAAACUUAUGAGAGGUAAAUUUGAUGAUGUUUCACAUCAACUCAACUCACUUAAAGCAGUUCAUGAAGAAUUACAAAGUUCAUACAAUAUCUGUAAAGCUGAAAAAGAAUCAUUAGAAGCUCAACUCAGUGAAACCAGCGUUGAGGUCGAGGAAUUUAAACUCAAACUUUCCACCGCUAAAGCCUCUGCUGUAGAAUCUGAACAAAACUUUACUGCUAUGAUUGCCACAUUAGAAAGAGAAAAAGCUUCAAUUAAAGACGAGGUCUUACGUGUUAUUAACGAAAAAGCUGACACUGAAGAAAGUGCAAAGGCUCUUCAAGCAAACCAAGCUCUUGUUGUUACCCAACUUCAAGGCGAUAUUUCAUCAUUAAGAAGAGAAAGUGAAUUAAUGAAUCUUUCAUUACAAAAAGCCACUGUCGAGCGUAAAGAGGCAGUUGUUCUUCAAGAAAGAGCCGAAAAGAAAAUGGUCGAAAUGCAAUCCGAAAAGAAGCGUGUCGAAAGACAAUUUGGUGACCUCGAAAGAGAAAGAGAUGUUCUCCGUCAACAAGUUCAAAUUAAAGUCGAUGAAAUUGCUGAUGUCCAAAAAGAUUUAGAAUGGUCACGUGAAACUGUUGCUGAUCUCGAAAGACGUCUUGUCAAUCUCACCGGUGAAUGUCAAAUGUUUAAAGAUAUUAAAAACAAAGAAGUCGAAAAGAAUAAGAAAUCAAAUGUUGAAGAAAGUAAAACAAAGAACGAACUCGAACAAGAAAAACAAAAAACUCUUAAUAUCCAAACUCAACUUCAAAAGAGAAUCCACGAUCUCGAAUCAAAACAAAAGAAUCAAGAGAAUGCUUUUAGAAAUGCAGAACAAUCAUUCAAGAAGCGUGAACUUGAUCUCGCAAAAGAAAUGGAGGAAUAUCGUGAAAAAUAUGAACAACUUCGUCAAUCAAUUUCAAAUGGUUCAAUUAAAGAGGGUGCAAAAGUCGAAACCCUUCCACCAUCAUCUGUAUCAAAUCUUGUAUCAAAUAAUAAUAGAGAAUCAUUAGUAACUUCACCCAUUUUAUUAAAUAAUGGUACUAAUUCAAAUACCAAAGAGCAAAUUAGCCCAGAUCAAUCAUCCGACGCACCACCAAAAGAUUUUGCUGUCGUAGCUGAUGGUCUUUAUAAAUCACUUCAAAAUCGUUUCCAAACUACAAAUAAAGAAGGUGUAGAAGAAUUAGAAUUAUCCGAAGAAGAUAGCUAUUAA